AUGAAGAUAUUGAAAGGCUAUGUGAAGAAUUAUUAUCGUCCUGAAGCAUCUAUUGUUGAAAGGUACAUCACAGAAGAAGCCAUUGAAUUUUGUACAGACUAUUUGUCAUAUGCAAAACCUGUAGGACUACCCAAGUCUCGUCAUGAUGGAAGAUGUGACGGUAAGGGUACACGUCUAAAGGUUAAGCAUAUGGGCGAAGGGGAAGUUUUUCAAGCACAUUUGUAUAUAUUGAAUAACACUGACGAGGUUCAUCCAUACUUGAGUACACAUCAAACCAUUGUCAAAGCUAAAACCCUCGAUGACAAGAGUACCAUGCAAAAUAGUGGGGUAAUGAUAACAGCUUCUUCAAUGCACUUUUCUAGUUCAAAGGAUAAAAACCCUGUCUUGGCAUCCACAGCUUACUUUGGCGUUAUAGAAGAGAUAUGGGAGCUCAAUUAUGUUAAGUUUAAAGUUCCUAUUUUUAAAUGUAAAUGGGUUAAUAGUAACAAUGGUGUGCAAACUGAUGAAUUAGGAUUUACAUUGGUGGACCUUGAUAAGGUAGGAUAUAAGGAUGAACCUUUUAUCAUGGCAGCUCAAGCAGUACAAGUAUUUUAUGUAAAGGAUCCCUCGAACACUAGGUGGUCUGUUGUCCUCCAAAGAAGAAACAUGAAUUAUAGUGAUGAAAAUGAAGAUUCAACUCUAGACAUUGAUCACAAUACUUCUUUUUCAACACAAAGGCCUUAUUUUAAUGAUGAAAAUGAAGUUGAUGAUGUUUAUGCCAUUCGAAUUAUGGAUAAACCAUCUAGCUCUUCACCAAAAAAAAAGAAGACUAGAGGUGUCACAUCAUUGCUACGUUUCAUUGCCAAACUUCCUGAUGGUGAAAAAUACCAAAUUGAUUUUGAUCCUGAUACCUUCCAACCCAUUGGUCAGUAUGCUGCAAAGUUUAAAAGUUAUUUGUCAUUCAUUGCACGUAGCAAGAUUAGUAUAAAUGAAAAGCAAUGGAAAAAGAUAAGCGAUAAGUUGAAGGACGUGAUAUGGGACGAUAUCACGUGUAAGUUCACUUGCCCCACUGAUAAAGAAUUUAGGAAGCAUUGGUUUGUUUAUAUGGGGGAACGAUUGAAGCAAUUUAAGACAUUGCUCUCAAAUGUCUAUAUAUUUGGGAAAGGAGAUAAGCAUGGAAAUACAACUCCAUUUGAAAAGUAUAAAUUUAUCAAAGAAGAAGAUUGGGAUUUGUUUGUCCAGACUCGACAAAAAGAAGAUUUUCAAGAGAAAAGGCUAAAAGGAAAGACACAUGCAUCAAAGAAUAUCCACCCUCAUAUUUUGUCUCGUGGUGGUUAUGAAAAACUUAGGGCCACCGUAAUGGAAGAGAGGAGGAAAAAAGUGAUUGAAGAGGCCAAAGGUGAUGAAAGUUUGAUGGUUGACCCUCCCGAACUAAAGCGAUAUGAGGCAUGGUUGAUGGCUCGACAGAAGCCAUCGGGAAAUUUUACAUCUGAGGCAACAAACUUAGUAGCAUCUAAGAUUGGAGAGUUAGUGGAAAAAAAUACACAAGGUACUAUUGUCUUUGAAGGGCGUGACGAUAUCUUGACUGUUGCCCUUGGAAUAAAUGAACACCCUGGUCGGAUCCGCACUGCUCCUAGGGGUGUGGGCUUUAAGAAAUUCUAUGGAAAAAGUUCACGCUCCACCUUAGGAGGUGUCUCUCAAGAUGACCUUCUAGCCCACCUUCAAGCCUUGGAGCAAAAAAUGAAUAUAGAUUUCCAACAUAAAUUACAAAAACAUCUCCAACAACAAAGAACAGAGCUCCAACAACAAAUGCAAAAAGAGAUGCAAGAGGAGAGAGCUCAAAUCCAACAAGGAAUGAAACUCCUACAACAGAUGCAAUUGGAGCUCCGCUCCGAGAGGCCUAAAGAGAUGUUUAUAAAAGAGGGGCAUCAACAAGAUAACGGAUGGGCAUGUGGAUAUUAUGUCAUGAAAAAUAUGUUUGACAUUAUUGAUGCUUGUAUUGUUGAAAGAUUCAAUGAGAUAUUCACAGACACCUCAUCAUAUGAAAAAGAGUCAAUUGAUCACAUCCGACAACUUUGGGCUCAAUUCUUUUUGCAAAAGGUUGAAGAGCAAGAGAACCAGGAAAAGAAAGAUUUAAUGACAAAACAGAAGCGAUUAAAAAAAACUUAUAUAUAGAUAUAUUUUUGUUCCAUGAAUGAUUUAUUGGUACAAGUUACAUGAACAAAGUGGUUGAAUUUUUUUCUUACAUGAAUACAAUUUUUGUUGA